AUGAGUUCACCAAGAAACGUUUCACCAUCCACUACACCAACUCCUACCACUACUACUUGCCCUCAAUCGGGCAAUACAUCGACAACUAAUAAUGAUAAUAAUUUCUCUCAAUCGGGCAAUAUAUCAACUAAUAAUGACAAUAAUUGCCCUCAAUCAGGCAAUAUAUCGACUACUAAUGCUAAUAAUAAAUACCCUCAAUUAGGCAAUACAUCAUCUAUUAAUAAUAAAU